AUGUCAAUUCUAAGUCGAAAUACAUAUUUAUCUUGGAAUAGAAUUUUCCAUAAAAAAAAUGGAAUCAUAAAUUCGAAAUAUCUACAUAUAACAAAUCGUAGUGAUAUGAAAGAUGCUCGUCGUGUUAUAGUUAAACUUGGUACAGCACUAAUAACACGCGAGAAUGAAGAUGGUCUUGCAAUAGGACGUUUAGCAUCAACAGUUGAACAAGUAUCUCAAUUGCAAAAUGAAGGUCGACAAAUGUUAUUAGUGACGAGUGGUGCUGUUGCCUUUGGUCGACAAGUUCUUCGAAAAGAAGCCAUGAUGACAAUGACAAUGAGAAAAUCUCUUUCACCAAAAGAUAUUCUUCAAAAUAGUCGAGUAGCUAUACAACGACAAGCGUGCGCGGCUUUCGGACAAAAAGGUCUUAUGUCAUUUUAUGAACGCAUGUUUCAACAAUAUAAUAUUGGCGUUGCACAAGUGCUUGUUACAAAAACUGAUUUCUAUAAUGUUGAUAGUCGAAAAAAUUUGCAGGCUACACUUGAUGAAUUACUCAAUUUAAAUAUUAUACCUAUUUUAAAUACCAAUGAUGCAGUUGCACCAUGCACAGAUACUGAUGCGGAAGUAACAGCAGCAAAAGAUGAUAUUGUUAUUAAUGAUAAUGAUUCAUUAGCUGCUCGUUUAGCUGUUUUAAUAUCAGCUGAUCUGUUAUUAAUAAUGAGUGAUGUUAAUGGUUUAUAUACAGGGCCGCCGACGUCUGAAGGAUCAAGAUUAUUACAUACAUUUUGUCCGAAACAAGAUUCAAGAUUGAUUUCAUUUGGAGCAAGAUCAAAAGUUGGAACCGGAGGAAUGGAAUCAAAAGUAAAAUGUGCAUCGUGGGCACUUGAUCAUAAUGUGGGUGUUGUCAUAAGUAAUGGUCAAAACGAUAAAGCAAUAUUAAAUAUAAUUGAUGGGAAAAAAAUUGGAACAUUUUUUACUAAUACUCCAUCACAAGCGUUGCCAGUUGAUGUUCAAGCUGUGAAAGCUCGUGAUGGUAGUCGAGUUUUACAAAGGCUAACAACAGAACAACGCAAAACAAUUAUUAAUAAAAUGGCAUCAAAUUUAAUUCAAUACUCAAAUGACAUUCUUCAAGCAAAUAAACAUGAUUUAGAAGAUGCAUCGAAAGAAGGUCUUAAAGUCUCAUUACUUGAUCGACUUGGUCUAUCAGAAAAGAAAUUAAAAACUUUAUCCAUUGGUCUUCAACAAAUAGCAGACAAAGCUGAUGUACUCGGACAAGUUGUUCGACAAACACGUUUAGCUGAUGGAAUCAUGUUAAAACAAAUUACAGCACCCAUCGGUGUUCUUCUAGUCAUAUUUGAAUCCCGACCAGAUAGUUUACCACAAAUAGCUGCUCUAUCUAUAUGUUCCGGCAAUGGUCUUCUAUUGAAAGGGGGUUCAGAAGCAAAAUAUUCAAAUGAAAUAUUAACGAAAUUAAUGCAAGAUGCACUUGAACCAUUUGCUCCUCGUGAUACAAUAGCUUUAAUCAAUACACGUGAACAAGUCGCUGAUCUUCUUCAAUUGGGAAAAUAUAUCGAUCUUGUUAUUCCACGUGGUUCUAAUGAACUUGUUCGUUCUGUACAAAAACAAAGUGUACAAAUUCCUGUUCUCGGUCAUGCCGAAGGUAUAUGUCAUGUAUUCAUUGAUAAAGAUGCGGAUUUACAGAUGGCGUUACGUGUUGUACGAGAUUCGAAAUGUGAUUAUCCAAGUGCUUGCAAUGCUAUGGAAACGCUACUUGUUCAUAAGGAUCUUAUUCGGACAUCAUUUUUUGAAUCAUUGAUUGAAUUAUUCCGCACUGAAAAGGUCAAAGUUUAUUCGGGCCCACGUCUUUCUACAUUACUUGCAUUCCCACCACCGCCAGCAAAUUCAUUACGCAUUGAAUAUGGAGAUUUACAAUGUUGCAUUGAAGUAGUUGACGACGUCUAUGAUGCCAUUGAGCAUAUAAAUAAAUUUGGUUCAAAUCAUACAGAUUCGAUUGUAACCGACAACCAAAAUGCAGCCAACGAUUUCAUUAGUAAUGUUGAUAGUGCAUGUGUUUUUCAUAAUGUUAGUACAAGAUUUUCGGAUGGUUAUCGAUUUGGUUUAGGUGCUGAAGUUGGUAUUAGUACUGGACGUAUUCAUGCUCGAGGUCCUGUUGGCGUUGAAGGCUUAUUAACAACAAAAUGGCUCGUUCAAGGUAACGGUGACAUUGCAGCUGAUUUCACCGAAGGGCGAAAGAAAUUUCUUCAUGAAUCAAUCGAUCCUAAACAGCAACAUUGA